GUUUACAGUAUCUGGAGAACACUUCAUGACUAUAAAUAUGCACUUAGGAGUGAUAUUCUGUCUAGUGGUCGGUGUAGUCUGUUCUGCAGCGGUGGAUCAGAAACUGUCCAGGAAGAGCAGCUGGACUGGGAAGCUGUUAGUGGUGCCCAUGGAUGGAAGUCACUGGACAGGGGUGAAGGCCGUGGCAGAAGAAAUGGGACGCAGAGGACACACUGUGAUUGUGGUGAUUCCAGAGAUCAGCAUGCGCUUGGGUCCAGGCAAACACUACAUCACUAAGAAGUUUCCGGUCAAGUAUGACCAGAAGUUGUUUAAUGAGGUAUUGACUGAACAUGUUCAUGAAGUGACAAAUCCAGGACAUUCCCGUUUGAAGACUGUGACUUCAACAAUGGCUAAUUUGUUGAAGAUGUUUAAUAUGAUGGCCUCAACAAGUGAAAGUCUGUUCCAAGACAAGGAGCUUAUAAAGUUUUUGAGAGAUGAAAACUUUGAUGCGAUUUUAACUGAUCCUGCUUUACCAAUGGGAGCUGUAUUGGCGUAUAAUUUUUCUGUACCUGCAGUGUACAUGCUAAGAGGAAUGCCAUGUGCUCUUGAUGCUACGGCCACAGCCUGUCCAAACACUCCUUCAUACAUCCCACGUUUUCAUACAGGAAACACUGACCGGAUGUCUUUUGGUGAGCGUGUAAUGAAUGUGCUCAUGAGCAUUCUGGAACAAGUAGCAUGUAAAGUUAUGUACUGGUCUUUUGAGGAAGUGACGUCCAACUUCCUGCAGAGAGAUGUGAGCCUGACUGAGAUCCUGAGCACUGGAGCUGUUUGGUUAAUGCGUUAUGAUUUCACACUAGAGUUCCCCAAACCCCUGAUGCCCAACAUGCAGUUCAUAGGUGGAAUUAACUGUGGAGUUAAGAACCCACUGAUGAAGGAGGUGGAGGAAUUUGUCAAUGGUUCUGGAGAGCAUGGCAUUGUGGUGUUCAGUCUGGGUUCUUUGGUGUCCUCCAUGCCAAAGGAAAAAGCUGACAUCUUCUUCAAGGCUUUCAGUAUGAUUCCACAGAGGGUGUUGUGGCGAUAUACGGGUGAGAUCCCUAAUAAUGUCCCUGAAAAUGUCAAACUGAUGAAAUGGCUUCCACAGAAUGACUUGCUUGGUCACCCCAAAGCAAGAGCCUUCAUUACUCAUGGGGGGACGCACGGCAUCUAUGAGGGCAUCUGUCAUGGUGUUCCCAUGGUCAUGCUUCCUCUCUUCGGUGACCAGGCUGAUAAUGUGCACCGAGUGGCAACUCGAGGGGUGGGAGUCAUCCUUAGCAUCCACGACAUCACUGUGGAAACACUGCUCGAUGCCCUCAACAGCGUUAUUAACAACAGCAGCUACAAGCAAAAAAUGCAGAAGCUGUCAGCAAUACACAAUGACCGUCCCAUUCAGCCCCUGGAUCUUGCAGUGUUUUGGACAGAGUUUGUAAUGAGACACAAAGGCGCAGAUCACCUGAGACCUGCUGCUCACGAGCUGAACUGGCUUCAGUACCACAGUCUGGAUGUGAUCGGCUUCAUGCUCCUGAUUGUCCUGAUUGUGACUCUGGCCAUGCUUAAAUGCUGUUCGCUCUGCUGGAGACGCUGCUGCAGAAAAACACAGAAGCGGAAGGAAGACUGAUCCAAUAGAGAUAAAAGUCUAGUAUCAUGUUUUUUCUAAGUCUAAUGUUUCGUUUCAGAUUUACAAGCCAAAGUCAUGAAAGCAACUUGACGCCU